UACUUCAAUUUAAUUCAAAAACAAAGAGCAGAAGUGAAGAAGUGAAGAAGCUGAAACAAAAAUAUUAACACACAGAAAACGUACGCAAUUUAUGUAACUCAUCACGUGGCAUAUGAAUGUGUUACGCAGCUUUAAAGAUUUUCACGUGAUUUCUUUUGCAACGAGAAUAUUUAAAUUUAUUUAUUACAAUACGAGUUAUUAGUGAAUGAAUCUGAAUGCUAAAAGAAUCGGAGGAUAUCAUCAAAAGACGUAAACUGUCUCUGAUGCAUUCAACAGAACAGACUACUGCCACGGCCACACCACCGAUAACACCGCCAACACCGCCACCACUCAAGAUGAUGACAACAGUUACUGCAUCAGCAGCAGUUGCAAAUGUAUUAACUACCACCACACAGUCCACUUUCACGCCCAACUCAAUGCCUGCCGCAAUGCUUGCAAGUAUGCCCAACACACCAAAUACAGCGACAGCUCCAAUACAGGAUCACUACAGUCUGCGUUGGAAUAAUCAUCAAAAUCACAUUUUACGUGCAUUUGAUGCACUUCUGCAAACAAAAACGCUUGUUGAUGUAACACUCGUCUGUGCCGAGACCAGUAUACGAGCCCACAAAAUGGUGCUCUCGGCGUGUUCACCUUUCUUUCAGCGUGUAUUUGCCGAAACACCGUGCAAACAUCCCGUCAUUGUACUUAAAGAUUUUCGUGGUUGGGUUGUGCAGGCUAUUGUUGACUUCAUGUAUCGCGGUGAGAUAAGUGUACCACAAGAACGUUUACAAAUGCUCAUACAAGCUGGUGAAUCCCUACAAGUACGUGGUCUCGUAGAGAGUUCAGUACCCGAACAUACGCCCACACCUGCUGCAUCUCCAGAUGACUUCGGCAUGCUAGAUACUUCGCUGAUGUCCUCAGAAUUGGAACGUUGUUCAAGUUUUGAUGAUGAAUCACCAUCUAUGGUGACGGCUGGUUCAAAAAUUAUUUUACCUUCUCGUCUCUUUAGUUCAUCAGCACGAAGAGAACGUGAACGCAAGCGUGAACGCGAACGUGAAAGAGAGCGAGAGCAAUUAGAGCGUGAAAUUGAAAGUGAUCAAGAACUACAACAUGAAUCAGGCAUACAUUCAGAUCUGUGCACGUCACCUAUGCCACGUAGGAAACAAGCACGUCCAAGACGCCGUUCUGGUGAUCUACCACUUGAUUUACCUGGCAAACCCGGCACACCAAUACCUGGAGAUGAAAAUAAUGAACUUAUGUCGUUAGAAAAAAUGAAUGUGCAUGCCAAGAGCUUAGAAAAUCUCAAAACUGUGAUCAAAAGUGAGUUAGCUGAAGCAAUAGAUGAUGAUAAUGAUAUCGAAAGAGAAGACGACAGUGGCAAUGGAAAUGACAGCAACGAAAAUGUUGGAUCUCAUGAAAAAACAAAAUAUAUGAAUGAAAAACAAUGUAAAGAAAUAAAUUCAGUUGAUGACACAAACCACGAGAUAAAUCGAUCAAUUGAUAUCGAUGAAAUUGCUGAUGAUGAUGAUGACGACGAACAUGUGAACCAUAUACGUCAUAACGAUGAAAAUGAACAACAAGCUGAACAUGAAGAUAUUGAAGAACUUAUUAAAAAAUCCAAUGAGCUACGACGAAAACCACAAACUGAUCUUUCAGAUCUACCUGAAGAUCUGUGUACAACGAAAAAGGAUAAUGAUUGUAGUGGCAAUCAUUCCGAAAAUGAGACCGAAUGCACUGCUGUAAAUAAUAACAACAAUAGUAAAUUGAAUAACAACAAUCGCAUUGUGCUCUCCUUGAAAGAUAUACGACAUUUGAACAAACCCAGCUCAUCAUCAACCCCCAACUCCAAUAAUAGUCUGAACCCUUUCGCAGCAACAAGCUUAAGGGACUUGCGACUUGAUCGCAAUGCAAAUGCUGCUGAGAAUCAAUGUAAGCUUGAUGCAUUAGAGGCACAGAUGCAUGCAGCGGCAGCUGCUGCGGCUGCGGCUGCAGCUGUAAAUAACGAUAAUCCGUUUCAACAUAUGGAGCAUCAAAUGGAUCUAUCCUUAGCUGCAGCGGCAGCGGCAGCAGCAGUUUCACAUCAACACUCAAGAGAACGUGAUCACGCCAUGCAACGCGAACAACGUGAAAUGCAACAGCAACAUAAUGCUUACGCCAACAGUUUACUGGGACAAAUGGGUAUGCCUGGUCUGCCACCAUUUGGAUCGAGUGGUGGUCCUGCACCGCACGAAAGACUGGAAGAAAGUAUGAAUCGGCUAAGUAAGGAAUUUACACCGAGUUCGCCAAUGAGCCUACCAACACACUUCAAUCCACCUGAUGGACCACCGCAUCCUCCGUCACCGUUACCCUUUCCUGGUAUGUCAUCGGCGUUAGCGCUAACACCACCGCAUAGUAAGUAA